AUGGUCAAUUCUCCCAGGGUCAAGCUCCUUAAUGCAGACUAUGCCCGCAGGCUCAUCCAAUCUCCUGGUCCUAGAGUUGUCCCAAUUGAUGCAACUUGGUACAUGCCAAACUCACCUAACAAUGCCAAAAAGCAGUUUGCUGAGGACGACCGGAUCAAGAACUCGGUAUUCUUUGAUUUAGACUCGGUCUGCUGCCGUACCAGCAAGUACCCCCAUAUGCUUCCUCCCCACAGAUUGUUCGACAAGGAAGUCGGCAAGUUGGGUAUCCGCAAUGACGAUCUCCUCCUCGUCUACGAUAGACAAGGGAUCUUUUCCGGCCCCAGAGCUGCUUGGACCUUCGCUCUCUAUGGACAUCACAAUGUGUAUUUGUUGGACCAUUAUCCUCAGUACAAGCUGAAAUACCCAGUUGAGAACGGAGUGGUCGAGACCAGCGAAGCAACUGACAACCUGCCUUACGAAGGGAUUGACAACACUCAAUUUGGCAAAAACUAUCGUGAGCAGGUUAUCGAGUUUGACGAGUUGGCUGACCUCGUGGUGCUGAGAGAUUUGGAUGAUUACUAUGUCUUCGAUGCCAGAAGCGCAGACAGAUUCCAUGGCAAGGCCCCUGAGCCACGGAAAGGAUUGCUGUCCGGGCACAUUCCGGGGGCCCUCAAUUUGCCCUUCACCAAAGUUUUGAAUGAAGCUGGCCAGUAUAAAACCGUCGAAGAAUUGGUGGAACUUUUCAAAAAAGACUUUGGGCUCGACUGGAACGAGCCCUUGGACAGGAAAGGCGUGAUUGUCAUGUGUGGAACAGGCGUUACGGCCGUCAUUCUUCGCCUUGCAAUUGAGAAGAUCAACUCGGAUAUCCCCAUCCGUGUCUAUGACGGAUCAUGGACCGAGUGGGCCCAGCGGGCACCGGACCUCAUCGCUGAAGGUAAUUUGUAG